CUGGAAACGUCCCGCAUCUAGGUACUUGAUUCAAGCUACAGUUGUAUCAACAUAAGUUCAAUCCUUCGCUUGGGCCUCAACAUCCGAAUAACAUACCCGUAACAAGAACCCUACACAAUGACGUGGAUUUCCAAAAGCACAUCAGCUCUCGGGUUGCUGCUAUUUACACACGCUUGCUACUCUGCCCACGAGCACUCCGCCCUACAAGCGCACCGUGCAGCCUCGCUUUCCUCCUUGACGACAUCGCAUGGAGGAGUCGGAGUCAUCUCGUCGCUCCCUUUGGACAUCGCCAUCGAAACCAUCGUCGCGACGUUCGUCAUCACGUUCGGCCUCGUGCUGGGAACCGCGAAGCUGAGGCCGAUCCAGUGGCGCGUGUGGGCCGGGCAGAUUGAGAGGGAGGGCGAGGAAGGUUUCAAGAAUAGCAGUGGUGAGGUGGAUAGGGAUUAUGUGGGGAACCCAUUUAAGUUGUUGGAGAGCAGGCCUGGGUUUGUGGACAUUAGGAGGCAGAGGCAGGAGUUUGCGGAAUGGGUGAAGGGGCAAUAAGGGCAUGGUUGGUGGAGGAGGACGCGAUGUAUUAGUGGACGCUGGUUGAGGAGUACAAGUGACCUGAGUGCCGGCGAUGCGGCCCAGAUCUCUGUAUUGUUACAUCCAGGAACUGGAGGUUAGUCAAGCCUCGAGAUUUUUCAGCAUUGAAGAAAAAUACAUUUUCACCGA